AUGGCCGCCGCGGGUGGUAGGGACUACAAUUCCCAGGAGGCUCAGAGGGCGGCCGGCUGGCGGGCGGGCAGGCAGGAUUCAUCUGUGAGCGCCCGAGGGUGACGGUACCGCUGUGUGAGGGAGAAGCUGCGGAUAUCACCGUCUCCAGGCCCAGGCCCAGGCCCAGCCCGGACAGGGGGAGCUGCCCGAUGUGGUUACGGCCAAGCGGAGGGUGUUGUUGUUGUUGAGCCGAGGACAAUAUGCGGCGGAGGGAGCGCGGCCUUUGCUCCUCGGAGCCACCCAAGGUGACGGCAUGAAGCGCCGCAGAGCUCUGACUCCCGGCAGAGGCAAUCAAAUCAUUACUCAGUUUUUCAAACCAGAUUCAGACAGAGGGAAGGAUAGAUUAAUUUUGGGGUCACCUCGAAGAGGUGAAGCAGGUGGCACUUCUGUAUUGCAGAAUGCUGAACCAUUCCGCAGCCACAAGAAACCUUCAUUUAAAUCUAAACGGUCUGUGCACUUGCCCUCAUCACCUCAGAGGAGCCCUGUGCUUGAGGCUUUUAUGAAGGGUGCCUUAAAGUCGGACAAAAGGGAAAGCAUGGGAGGUGUAGUUAAAUGCCAGGUAACUCAGCAUCCUGGCUCUCCUCGAGUAAUCGUGCGAAGACUGUUUUUACCUUCAAGCCCAUGUCCCUCGGAGGGUAUUGUCGUACUGGAUCAAGGGAAAAAUGUUAAACAGUCAUCGAACUCCAAAGUGACCUCUGCAACACAAAGAUUAAGUUCCAAAUGUGACACAGGUGAAUAUCAAACAACUGCCUUGCGGCGAAGUGCUCUCCCAAACCACCGAAUAAUGCUGCCACCAGAAUCACUGGAUGUUUUGAAGAAUUCUAAUCGUAGAAACAGCUCAGAAAGUGAACUGCGCAUUAUGAGACCUCGCUUAUCUCUGAGAAGGCUGCAACAUCAGCAUAGUUUGGAUAAUUCCCUUCAGGCCUAUAAAAAGGCGCGAGAGCUACGGAAACUCAAGGGCAUGCAAAAAGGAAACCAUUCUUCAACCAGUCCUUUCUCAGGGGGCCCUGUAAAUCAGGCUGCCUUGAGGAGAACGUAUUCUGUACCUUCAACAUCAUUAACAGGGAAUGACGAUCUUUUUAAACAGAAGGAAUCUGUUCUGAAGCUCGUAACAAAAACCCUACCUUCAGGUUCACUUUCCCUAGAGAAGAGUGUUUGCAGCAAAGAGGCAGUUCAACGGCACCAUUCCUUUCCUCCAUAUCCCGGGAGGAAAAGCUCAAUGAAUGGCUUAAAAAGCAGCUUUACAAGUUUGCCUGUCUCCCAUUCAAAAGAGAAAAGAAAGCGCAAUUCAUCACCUGACAUCAGGAAAAAGAAACGAGACACCCUAUCGCAACAUUUAGAUGUGACUUUUCCUAAGAAAAGCUGUGAAAGCAGGACCACUGGUAAAUACAGCAGUGCUAUCACUGAAACAGGUUGCAAUGGAGUGCUGAAAGAUCACAAUAAUGGUGAUUUGGAAAAUGAGGAUCUGCCUCUUGAGGCUGAUGAAUUUCCAGAUUCACAUAGUUGCUUACCAUUUGAUUCAUUGCUGGAUGAGGAAAUAUCAAGGAACAAACCUCCAAAUGUGCAUGUGAGGUUUCCUGUAGAGGAGAAGGCCAAGUCUGCUCUGGACAGUGUCAUUUCUUCGAAAGAAAAUCGCUCUGGGCUCCUUAGUAGGCACUGUUUGGUUCCUUUUGACAGUAAAAGAACACAAAGACAUGAACCCAACUCUUUACCCGUUUUGCCUUUGGAUGAGGAAAGUAGAUCCUUAUCCUCUCAAGAGAAGAGACAGUUGGGACGGUCCAGUGCUGUCCGCAUAUCAGACACCAGUAAAGGAAGCGAUAGGAAACUGAGGGACAGCUAUAUUAGCAUGGACAGUGACGAUGAUGAUCACUGUAAUUUAGACAGUGAUGAAGAUGAAAAUCUUGUGGCUUUGGAUGAUCUCCUAACUUUGCGUAACAAGCCUGUAUCUAGUACACCAGAAAAGCUUGACACUUCCCUUCCGUCGUCUACAGCUAACACACCCACAGGAUGGUUCACUUUUAAAAAUAGCAAACAGGCAAAUUAUUCAAACAGCUUUGAUCGCCUACUUAAAGAGAAGCAGCAGUCUGAGGGUCUGGGGGAAACGCUCAAGGACCUGAAGAAAAAAUUGCAAGAGGAACUUACCGAGGUGCCUGACCUCCACUGUGUCUCUGAGGAAGAUGAAGAACAGGGAACGGAUGAAGACAUGGAUCAAAUUGCAGAAGAACACAGGGCCUUCUUGAUCAAGUUCUCUGUAAAAACUGAUGGAAUACCAGAUGUACCCCCUGGGGAAAAGAUUUUCAGCGUGUUGCACGCUGGGAAACACUUUGAUCAACACAACCUCAGGUUGACACCGAGUGAAUUGACACCGCAAAAUUUUCUGGAAAGGACUCUGAUCAGUUCUGGAAGCAGCCAGCAGGUAUUUUUAUUCACUAAUGGGAUCGUAAGUCAAACUUACUCCUCAUCGCCAUGUCCGCAGCCAGUUUUAAAGUUCUUAUUUAAGAUGAUGACUAUUCAUUCAGACUAUAUUGCUUCAAUGCACAUUUUCAAAGCACUUUGGGACAUCUGCACUGGUGCCGCUAAUAGAAUAGUCAAGGGUGACACCAGUAGGUUCAGGAUUUGGACUCCAAGUCUCAAGGACAUAGUUGCAGUCUUUCUCAACCUAGGAGCACAGUUUGGCACUUUGUUUCCAUUAAAGCACCUUCAACCAGACUUCACUGAAGAGGAUAUAUUGUCUGGUUUGCAAAAUAAUAAGGAAAAUUAUCCGGAAGAGAGUGCGCCAGCAUCCCAGAGAGAUCCCAUCUUCGAUUCUCUGCCAGAAUUUGGCAUAAAGAAUGUUGUUAAGUUUCUACAGCUCUGUACUUCCAUUUGCCCUGAAGCGUAUUCUGAUGGAGAAUUAGUGUUGCUGAUAAGCUUACUGGGCAGAAUCAGCCUUGAACAAGAACUUCAGCUGACUCCUUUAAAAGAUUUUCAAUGUUUACUGGACAGACUCCUGAACAAUAUAAGACAAUGGAACAUAAAGAUGUUCGAGCUCUGCAUGCUUCUAAGUGACUUAUCAGAGCAUCAUCAUAAUCUUUUGUACCUGGUUCAACAGCUGCCAGAUUUCUCUACACGAGGAAGGCAACUAAGAAGGCACCUUAGCAUGGUGAUAAUUUCAAAACUUCUUGACAAAAAUCACCUCUAUGUACCAAAGGAUCCAGAUUUGAAGAUCUCCAAUCUGUGUCGAUUUUUGUAUAUGAUGAAACCAUCAUCUUUGUUAAAAACUAUUGAGGAAAGGACUAAAUCCAGUCAGCAGGGAGACAGAAAAGAAGCUGCACUUACAGAACUUGAUCAACAGGCCUAUUACCUGUGCUACAAUCUUCUCGUCUUAGCAAAUGAAGUGUUGCACGUAGAACAUAUUCCUUCCAGUCAACGGAGUCACCUUAUACAGCUCUGUGCUGAAAUAGAAAAACACAUUAAGUGCGACAUAAGAGAGGAUCCUAAACUCCUUUACCGAAGCAAGGUGAAAGAUUUAGAAGCAAGAACUCAUGCAAAAUGGCAAGAGUUGUUACAGCGUUCACGACCCCUUCAGGGGAAACUUCACGACUACUGGGAACCUCUGUCUGAAGAUCAGAAUCAGCUUAGUCAGUCCUCUCCAUUUGAAGAAGAACGAGAACACUACAUGAUUCAAGAAGUUAAUGACAUUGAUGAAGAUUUGGAUAUUGCUUAAUGCAACAUGUAUAGAAUUUUUAAAAAAAUUACAAAGCUACAAAUCUGUUGAUAUAUAAAAAUGUUUAGAUCUUAAUGGGUUUGUGUUCUGGUUUUUGUUCUGAGACAGGGACCUACGCAAAGUUUGGAAUAACUAUGAUUAGAAUCUGUUAAAGCAGUUAACAUUUUUGAUAUUUUAGCUCUAUCAAAAGAACUAUCAAAAAUAUUUUGUAAUGUUGGAGAUUGAGUUUAUUUAUAUAAUGCAGCUGUGUUUGCAGUGUUUUGUAAGGUCAAUUUUAUUGCUGUACAUAACUGUCCCUCUUUUGUAAUGUUCUCAUUUUUGUUGUAUUUGGACAUUGUAAUGAUUGAAUCUUCCAAAUGUACUUGAAAAUGUUAUUCUUUUAUUUGGCUUUAUGCCAUUUGAAAAUCAAAUUGGUGGACUGUUUCGUGUGGAAGAUGCAAUGGAUUUGCAAAUCACUAAAGAAGAAAGCAACAUAUGAUGAGCUGCACAUUUAUUGCAACCAAGGCUGCAGUUCUGUAUAGCUUACAAAAGCUCUUGUCUUUGCUAAUUGAGUUUGCACGUAUUUGCCUCCCACUUUUGUAUUUUGAAGUUGUAGUCUCUAGUAUUGGCGUACACUUAAGAUCUUUAUGUUAAAAUUCUUUUAUUUGCAAUUUUUUUUUUCCUUUUCCUAAAUAUUUUUAUUUGCACUAGCAUUACAUAAAGAUGAAUUCAGUAGGAUGAAACAGCCUCUCCCAGUGCUAAUUUCUAUGUGUAUAGUAUAAAAGGCCUGUAAAAUGAAUCAAAUGAAAUUAAUAAGCUUAGGUGAUUCAGAUAUCUCAAACCAUUGUGUGAUUAAUGUGCCACGUGAACCUUGACUGUUUCUGCCUUCAUCUCUUGAUUUCUAUUAAUUUAUGUAUACGUUGUGUUUUUAUAGCUGCCUCCCAUCUUUUUAGGGGUUUCAAAUGAGAAAGGUCUUAUCCUGGGGUAAUUCUGUAAGGCUGUAAAACUGUUGGAGUAUUUUAUACUUGGUUUUGUUGUGUAGGAAAUACUGGAUUCUUCACUACCUGUGUAUUUAUACUUACCUUCUCCUCCUUGUGCAGGGUGGUAGAAUUUGCUACUCCUAAGCAUUACAAAACCUUUAACUGGAUCAAACUACCACAGCUUAUACUUUUGAUACCAAAGUGAAAAGGUGUGACUGUUUUCUUGAAUUAACUGUUAAGAAAUGAGCUUUUAAUGCCAAAUCUGAACACUGGUGGAAGUGACAGAGUCUAUCACCUGUACUACUGUCUGGUGUGGUUUAUAUGAAUGGGAUAUGCUGCUUAAAGAAAUGACAGUUUUCCAGUUGUGAGGGAUACCUGUCCAGAAGCUUUGUUCCAGGUGUUUGAGUUGCUGACCCCAAUCUCUGGCUAGCUUGUGUUUUCGAGCUUACAGGUUAGUGAUCGAUUACUGCACAUGGUUGUGGAAUGUGGAUUCCUGUGUAAAGUCUCCACGUGAUCAGGUAUCUGAUCUUGCCCCGGCCAACUCGAUCUCUGCCCCACAGUUAAAUAUGAAAGAUGUGUGGCCAAAGGCCAAUUUGUAUGUGUAUCUGCUAACUUACCUGAAGGCCUGUUAGAUCUUGGUUCAUUAGGUGGCUUGGCUGAAGCCUGACCGUGGGGAACCUUUUUUUUCCUGAAAGGUGUUUUUUCUUAAAAUGAAAAGCGCACUUGUUUCUGUCUUUAUCCUGUUUCCUGAGACAAAAAGCUGUCAGUAUGAUCUGGAGACAUUUUAUUAAUUGGUCGUCAAGAGUUAUUCUAAUCUUGUUGAGUCUGGUUACCUGUUAAGGAGAAUCUUUACAGACUUACAAUGAGAUUGAAUGUCUUAAUGUUGUGCAUUUAAAUUCAUGUCCAGUUCAGUAUUUCUAUAAUUCUGUAUUUUAGAAAACUUCUUUGAAAUAAAAUAUUUGUAAAGAAUUAUUAAGUGAAUAAUGUAGGCAGAAAUACAGCAUCGCCCUGAUGUGCUGUUAAUAUGAAGAAGAGAGAAGCUAGCUCUCCCCAGCAUGUUGAAAUAGUAGUUGAUCCAGGAGGGUGGUUUUGUACUCUGGCAUUUCACAGCUGAAUCUUUAACCAAAGAAUAUGAUUUUUUUUCUACUGCUAGUUAAUCUACCUCUGGUCAGUAUGGAGCAUUUGGUCAGAACAUUUGUCCUCAGGGCACUUUCUUUUGUAAUUCUGCCACCCUGCACCUUAGACUUCAGAAAUGUGUAAAAGACUUGAAUUUUUGUUCUGCUUUAAGGCAAUUGUCAUAUGCAGGAAAUUUUCAUUUUUUUAAUUAUUUUUUAAUAAGUCCUUUAUACAAAAAUAAUUUUCACGUUAUUUUGGCAAAAUAAAAUUUCUGUAAUAAUGCA